AUGGCCGAAAAUUUGGGCCAAGAUGCACUUGAUAUACCCCAUAGGAUUGUUAAUGUCAAGGACUUUAGCCGUAGUCACGAUCCAUACAUCCGUGCGCUUCCCCACUUUACCAACUCAAGAACCUCAAAUUUCCGCGUCGCGUUCGCAAAGGCAUUUGCUCGUUGCGUCCAUUCAUUUCACUGUCUCUUUCCGACCCUGCCGCAUAUGCACCUGGUGUCGCGACACCGAUUCCCGCUGAUGCAUAUGAUGCCCACCGACACCGUUGUCGAAUACCUCCUUGGCGCGCCUAAGAUUGUACGGGAGGCGCAGCCGAUGCAUUGGACUUUCUUGGAUGGACCUCAAGAUGGGACUGUCAUGCUCACCUGGCAGCCCCUGAACCAUUUAGGAACGAACUUCGCCAGUGAUGGUUACGUGUGGGCCGAUGUCGAACAGGCCUUCACCUUCGAAGCUCGCGGCUACGUAGGUAGACCCGAUCUCUAA